CAUACACAUCCUCCAUCUUACAUCUUACAUCUCUUUCUUUUUUGUUCCUUUUUCCCUAAUCGGCCAGCAUGUCAGCACCUCUUGGAAACGCCGCUGCUCAACAAACAACCUCCAAGUUCCAGGCUUUCCUUAACCACCCAGCUGGACCCAAGACCAUCUUCUUCUGGGCUCCUAUCGCAAAAUGGGGUCUCGUGCUUGCUGGUGUCAAAGACCUUUCUCGUCCGGCUGAGAAGUUGAGUGUGUCACAAAAUGUUGCUCUUGCGGCGACUGGUUUCAUUUGGGUGCGAUACUCUUUCGUCAUCACCCCUGUCAACUACUCCCUCGCUGCCGUCAACUUCUUCGUUGGUUCCACUGGUGUCGCUCAGCUUUAUCGAGUGUGGGAUUACAGGAGGAAAAAUCCUGGAGCCGUGUCAAGCGCCUAACGAUAAGAGCUGCUCAAGGGGAUAGUAGAUGGAGUUGGGAGAUUAGACUUGUUGUAGGGUACCCAUACCCAUCGGCCAAUUGUCAUGAACUCGCGUCGAACGCCUUGAUGGCCCUAAAAGGAUCACUACUGGUCAUUGUGGUGAAAUAAGUCGAAGAGAGAUCAUCUACAGGUGUUAAUCGUUGACUGUCAGAUAGAUUUGAAUUUCAAAUUGCUGCAGUCACAUAUAGGGCUACAUGUUCAAAAACCAAUCACUAAUAGCUAC